AUGCGGACCCUGCUACUCCCGGUGCUCUCCAUGCUACUCCUCGUGUUGCGGGGGGUGGUACUGCUGCUAAAGGGAUGUGCGAUUGGAAGAUGGAACGUCGCCGAAGAAUUGACGGCUGAUUGUCUGUCUUCGAUUCGCAGGCCGCGGGGGUCGGCUGGAAUCUCGCCACCGGGUCCUCACGUGCACCAGUCUGGCGUGAUUGUCUCGUUUACCGCUAACCGCUCUUUUCAACAUGGAUCCGUAUUCAAAAUAAAGCUGCUUACG